AGGUCACGUGACAAGGCUUCGGCGCUCUCCUUCUCCGACUACUUUUGAUUUAAAAAUAUAAUUAAGCAUCUCGAUUAAUAUGUACGGGCUCCAGUGUUUUCUGAAAGAUGGUCGUUGGUCGGCUCUCGACCGAUGCUCCGCGACGCGUCACGCGCGUCUCGUCGGGAACAUUUUUGGACACGAAAUCGACUGUUUUGUGGGCUGCAGCGUCACGUGACCCGCACGCGCCUCGGCUAAAGAUGGCGCCCGGCGGUUAGAAAACAAGCAGCGCGAGCAGCGGCGACAUCCUGCACUCCGCCGCGACGUUUGGGAUCCAUAGAAACCGAGUGGAACAAUGGAUCCUGGACAAGAUUUGCUUCUGGCUGCUCUUAGUGAAAGUGGAAUCUGCCCUAAUGAUCUAUUUGAUGUUGAUCCUCAGGACACACUUCCACUCCCUGCUUCACAACAGUCAGUCUCAUUAAAUGCACUUGACAUCGGUCUCCGUAAUGAAGCUUCUGGAGUUGUCAGGGUUGAACCUGCAGUUCCACCUACUCCUACAGUCACAAUCAGGGAGAAGCCUCAGCCCUCAACAACCACCUUCGUUUUAAAUCAACUGAAUCAGUUGCCAUCGCUGGGUACAAUUGUAGUGACCAAACCAUCAGCCGGGACCACCUCCAGGCAGACCAUCACAGUAACCAAGGUGGUACACACAAGUUCGACAGCACAACGGAGCUCUUUGUCCUCUCCCACCGUUUGCACUGUGGUCCCACCGAAUAAUGAGCAGAUCAGAUUGAAGGACCUUCUCAGAACCAGCAGCCUGAAGACAAACAGCCUUGGAGAGCUUAUGAAGUUGAAGCCCCCACCUGACAUAGCGCGACCUGUUGCUACGGCAACAGCCACAGGCACAAAAAUUAUUUUGAUCUCCACAAAGAUGAUGAACAGAUCAGCGGAAUUAAACAAUGGCUUGAAAAAGGAAGUGUCCAGCAAAGAUGUAGCAAGAAUCUGGGUCAAUGAUGACAUGAAAAUGCGGAGCUUCUCACCUGUAAAUAAAUUGCCAGGAAUGAAGGAGGAAGAGGAACCAGAGGAAGAGGAAGAGGAGGAGCUGGGUCAUGCGGAGACAUAUGCUGAAUACAUGCCGAUGAAACUGAGAAUUGGACUGCGGCACCCUGAUCCUGUGGUGGAGACCAGCUCUCUGUCAAGUGUCAACCCGCCAGAUGUGUGGUACAGACUUUCCAUUGCAGAGGAGACCAUAGAUAGAGGCUGGUUAUCUGCCCUACAGCUUGAGGCCAUCACGUAUGCUGCUCAGCAACAUGAGACAUUCCUACCAAAUGGAGACAGAGCAGCGUACUUGAUUGGAGAUGGGGCCGGCGUUGGAAAGGGUAGAACUAUUGCUGGAAUCAUAUAUGAAAAUUAUCUUCUUGGGAGGAAAAGAUCCCUCUGGUUUAGUGUCUCAAAUGACUUGAAAUACGAUGCAGAGAGGGACUUGAGAGACAUCGGAGCAAAGAACAUUCAGGUCUAUUCGCUUAACAAGUUCAAAUAUGGAAAGAUCUCAUCGAAACACAAUGGGAGUGUGAAAAAAGGUGUGAUCUUUGCCACAUACUCAUCCUUGAUUGGAGAGAGCCAGUCUGGGGGAAAGUACAAGACGAGAUUCAAACAGUUACUACACUGGUGUGGAGAUGACUUUGAUGGUGUUAUCAUAUUUGAUGAGUGUCACAAAGCCAAAAAUGUUUGCCCUAUUGGGUCAUCCAAGCCCACAAAGACCGGGCUAGCGGUUUUAGAGCUGCAGAACAAGCUGUCAAAAGCUCGGGUUGUGUACGCAAGUGCUACAGGAGCAUCCGAGCCCCGCAAUAUGGCCUACAUGAAUCGCCUUGGGAUCUGGGGGGAAGGAACUCCUUUUAAGGAAUUUACAAAUUUUAUCCAAGCUGUUGAAAGAAGAGGUGUUGGUGCCAUGGAGAUUGUUGCCAUGGAUAUGAAGCUGAGAGGAAUGUACAUUGCUCGACAGCUGAGCUUCACAGGCGUGACGUUUAAAAUCGAAGAAGUUCCCUUAACGCUGAACUACAUCAAGAUGUACAACAAAUCAGUUCGCUUGUGGGUAAGAGCAAGAGAGAAGUUCCAGCAAGCCGCUAACCUGAUGGAUGCAGAACAACGGAUGAAAAAGUCCAUGUGGGGUCAGUUCUGGUCCGCUCACCAGAGGUUCUUCAAGUACCUGUGCAUUGCUUCCAAGGUUCGGAGAGUGGUGCAGCUGGCCAGAGAGGAGGUUAAAAAUGGAAAGUGUGUGGUGAUUGGUCUUCAAUCAACUGGAGAGGCUCGAACCCUUGAGGCCUUAGAGGAGGGAGGAGGCGAGCUCAAUGACUUUGUCUCCACUGCAAAGGGUGUACUGCAGUCCCUGGUGGAGAAGCAUUUUCCUGCACCAGACAGACAAAAACUCUUCAGUCUUUUAGGCAUUGACCUAAGUGUGAAGGAAACGCCUUCACCUUCAGAAACCUCCACUGAGCAGAAAGGCAAAAAGCGAAGAGGUCCAGAAACAAAGAAGCAAGUGAAGAAGGCUCGUAAAUCUGGUGGUCUGUCUGGUACCAGCUCAGAUGAGAGCAACUCUGACGAUUCAGACAAAGAUGUGGAAAGCGACGACAGCUUUAAUUCGGUCAGCUCAGGGGAGGAGGAUGAAGAUGACUUCAACCCCUUUAAGGAUGAUUCCAGUGAGGAUGAGGAAGAUGAUCCGUGGCUCAUCAGAAAAGACACUAAAAAGAGCAAAGACAAGAGGAACAAGAAGAAGAAAAAGAGCAUUGAUCCAGACUCUAUUCAAAGUGCCUUGUUAGCCUCCGGGCUUGGAACAACCAGACCCACUUUUACAACCCCCACCAUCAAACCUUCAAACAACACGGUUGCUGUAGCCAAAAGUGAGCCAGAGGAGAGCAGUUGUGUGACCAGUCAGGAUGCUGUUGAAGAUGCCCAGCGGAUGAAGAGGGACCUGCUGGAGCAACUGGAGCAGCUCGCAGAGAAUCUGCCGCCUAAUACACUCGACGAACUCAUCGAUGAGCUGGGAGGCCCUGAUAUUGUUGCAGAGAUGACUGGCCGCAAAGGCAGGGUAGUCAGCAAUGAUGAUGGCACAAUUUCCUAUGAGUCUCGAUCAGAGCUUGACGUUCCAGUUGAAAUCUUAAACCUCACGGAGAAGCAGAGGUUCAUGGAUGGUGAUAAGAACAUUGCAAUUAUCUCAGAGGCUGCCAGCUCUGGGAUUUCACUUCAAGCCGACCGCAGAGUGAAGAACCAGAGGAGGAGGGUACACAUGACAUUAGAGCUGCCCUGGAGUGCUGACAGAGCUAUUCAGCAGUUUGGUCGAACACAUCGAUCCAACCAGGUCACAGCACCCGAGUAUGUGUUUCUCAUCUCUGAACUCGCUGGAGAGCAACGAUUCGCUUCGAUUGUUGCCAAACGACUAGAAAGCCUGGGGGCGUUAACGCAUGGAGACAGAAGGGCCACGGAGACGAGAGAUCUCAGCCGAUUUAACUUUGACAACAAAUACGGCAGAAACGCUCUGGAAAUAGUUAUGAAGUCUAUUGUCAGUCUGGACUCUCCGUUAGUGUCUCCACCUGCUGACUUUGAGGGGGAUUUCUUUAAAGAAAUCCGCAGUGGUUUAAUUGGAGUGGGCCUGAUAAAUGUGGAGGAUAGAUCUGGUGUUCUCUUACUGGAAAAAGUCACAAAGAAACCAGGAUUUUGUUGA